UUAAACUUCAGGGUGCGUCAGCCUGUGGGUUGAGAUUUCGGACAUUGUGGCGAAAGCUCUCAAAGUUCGGGGAGCCCACACGCCCGGACACCCGACCGGGUCGACCGGGUCGACCGGGUUCCGGAGGUCUUUCUGACCACCAAGCUUCCGCCCAGCGAGCAUGGCGAUGAAUUGGAAGAGGUUUUGCAUGCCUCGUUGCAGCGCCUUGGAACCUCCUUCGUGGAUUUGUACUUGAUCCAGAGCCCCAGGGGCGGCAGCGUGCUUUGGACUUGGGACGCCAUGCUCCAGCUGCGCACCAGGGGCUUGGCGAAAGCCGUGGGCGUGUGCAACUUCAGCACGGAACACCUGGCGGCCCUGGCGCGAACUGGCCGCGAGAUGCCCGAGGUCCUCCAAGUGAAGCUGCACUUGGCCAAUCAGCAGCGUGAUCUAUCCCACUUCUGCCGCCAGCACCACAUUGCCCUCAUGGCCGCGACACCCCUGGCACGCGGGCAGCUGGCGCGCAGUGAGCGCGGCUCGCGUGCAGCACCGCUGGCACCGGCGCUCAUUGAGCUGGCGGAGCUGAAGCAGCGGACCGCAGCAGAGGUGGCGAUUCGGUGGUGCCUGCAGCAGGGCUACGUUUGCAUCCCCAAGAGCAAGUCACUGCAGCGACUGGAGUCCAAUGCUCCUUUCGGGCUGCGGCUGAGUGAGGAGGAGAUGAAGCUCUUGGGAUCCUUGGACAUGAGUUUCACCGCCAGCUCUGGCAGUGCAGCCCUGGCCAUGCCCUGGGCAGAGGCAUUCGGAGAGGUCUCAGAGGUGAGUGAUGGAGAUGUAGGGGAGGAAGUGCGCCGGCGGCGAAGGCGAAGGCGGCGGAAAGGAAAGGGGCCAGGUAAGGGAGCGAAGGGCAAGGCGACAGCGAAGGGUGCAGCUCCGGCUGGCGGCUCUGCUCAGCGUGCAGCCCAGGCGCUUUUCAACUUGACGUAGGGAGCACGUACGUGCGCGGGCUCGACGACUGCAUUGGAUGAGAUGCACGGUGCAAAGUGAUCCAAAGUCUGACAGAAAGUCAGGGAAGCCAUGGGAAGCUGCAAACCAGACUCCAGAAGUGCCACUGCCCGAGACAGCCUGCUGUCUCCAGCGGCCGCCACAGAGCGUAGAAGAGAUGUAUAGGGUGGAGCUUCCGGAGGGCGUGCUCAUCAUCGUGGUCCAUCCGACGGAGGGCAUCGGCUAAGGCAAAAGCCCGGAAAAGUGGCGAUCGCUUUUGCGUUUGGAUACCCAUCAUUGUG